UCUCUUUAAAGAGUGGCCUAACUGGCGUCGCAGCGCUGAGUUUGCCUGGGCGCGACGGACUUCAUCGAAGGCCCCCGGAGCCGGUGGGAGCUGGAGGGGUAGCCGGGAGGGGCUCCUGGCAGAGCGGGCGCUGCGGGGUUCCGGAGUCCCCCUCCACUCGGCCCCCGUGCCCCGGCCGCCGGCCCGCUCCCGGAAGCCGUGCAGUGGGUAACAAAGGGCCCGCCCGCCCGCCGCUGCGGGGCCGCGGGGCCCCAGGAGGCCGGCGCAGUUGCUGGGAUGAGCGUGAGCUGGGCCACGGGUCCAGGUUCGCGGCGGUGAGGGGGGCGGACGCAGAGGCCGGCCCCUCAGUCCUCGCCGCCCGCGGGACUCUGGCGCCCCCGCCGUGCGGGCCGCUUCACCCGGGAGAGCGGCUUCGCGACCGUCCCCUGGCGGCCCUGGCCUCGAGCUGCGGGGACCGGCGCUCAGCCCUGGCUGCCGACACCCGGGUUUCUCCGCGGGACUCAGAGAGGAUCCAACUCUUCCCCAAAGUGUCCUGAAGCUCUGUGCGCAAAAGCUGCAGAAGCCUGAUGAUUUUUGCUUUUUAAUAAAAAAUCUUUGUACGCCUCCAUUUUUAGAAUUUCCCCCCCCAGAGUUUUAAGUAGUCUACCUCUACGCAUCCUGUCUCUUGCUCCUGGAGUCUUUUUCCUCUUCGGCUGUCAGCGUUUUGACGGUCAGAACUAAGCGGGGACGAACGUUUUGUCAUUGAAAGUGUGUCAGAACCACGUCGAGAGAGUAGUCAAGAUGGACAAAAAGUCGUUUGAAAUGGUGCUGGAUGAAAUUAGAAAGGCUGUUCUGACGGAGUACAAGUUAAAGGCGAUCGAGUACGUGCACGGGUACUUCUCCAGUGACCAGGUGGUUGACUUACUGAGAUACUUCUCCUGGGCUGAACCUCAGCUGAAGGCCAUGAAGGCACUACAACAUAAAAUGGUGGCCGUUCACCCAGCAGAAGUGGUCAAUAUACUCAACUGCUUCACCUUCAGUAAAGACAAACUCAUUGCUCUGGAACUGUUAGCUUCAAACAUUGUUGAUGCACAGAAUUCUCGUCCCAUCGAAGACUUAUUCAGGAUCAACAUGUCUGAGAAGAAGCGGUGCAAGAGAGUACUUGAACAGGCUUUCAAGGGAGGCUGCAAAGCUCCUCAUGCUAUGAUCUCUUCCUGUGGGACGAUCCCAGGAAACCCGUAUCCCAAAGGGAGGCCGAGUCGCAUUAAUGGAGUUUUCCCAGGAACCCCUCUGAAAAGAGAUGGUGAGGAAUGCACCAGUGAAGGCAAGGGGAUAGCCGCGCGGAUCCUCGGGCCGUCCAAACCGCCUCCUUCCACGUACAACCCGCACAGGCCCGUCCCGUACCCGAUACCUCCGUGCCGGUCCCACGCCACCGUCACACCAAGUGCUUACAACAAUGCAGGUCUGGUGCCGUUAGCCAGUGUCAUAGCCCCGGGCAUGCCCCCUCCACCUGCAUACACCCCUAACCCAGCAGGAGCAGAAAAUGAAGACCUUUCCAAUCCAUCAAAACCUGCACAGAGUCAAACUUUUCCUGCCCCAGCGAGCCAGCUCUUCGCUCCGCACGGGUCUAACCCCGCCACGCCCGCAGCGACUCCUGUGCCCACCGUGUCCCCAGUCAAGGCAGCAGGCCAUCCGCCAGCGUCGGCCGCCACCCCCGGGUCCGGGCUGAGCCUGCUGAGCACCGUCCUGCCUGUGUUCCCGGGGCAGGUCUCCGCCGCUCCUGCGCCGCCGCCGCUGGCACCGAACCCCACAGUCAUUCGGACCCCUUCCCUGCUGGCCGCCCCGGUCACGUCGGUCCACAGUGCCACGUCCACUCCCGUUCCUUCCGUUUUUCCCGGCCUCGUUCCGCUGCCAGGUCCUUGUGCGGCUGCCGCCCCUCGGGCCCCUCCCGCCCCCAGUGAGGCGUUUGCCUCCACGUCUGCCCCUUUCGCGAACCUCCCCUUCGCGGCGCCCGCAACAGCUGCUCCCACCAGCACCCCGGGCCCUGCGCCCUUGUCUUCGGUGUUCGCAGGUCUACCCUUGCCGCCAGCCUCCCACAGCGCGCCCCACGUUCCCCACUCUGUGAUUGCCGGCGGGGCCGCCCCCAGCGUGGCGUGUCCCCUGGGGGUCAGCAGUCCCCUUCUGUCCGCUUUGAAAGGCUUCCUGACGUCCACCGACACCAGUUUGAUCAGCUCCUCCGCUCGGCCCGCUGCUGUCACGAGUGGGCUGGCCCCACUCUCCUCGCUGCCCAACCACAACUCAGAUUCCCCUGCGCUGGUCCCCGGCAAGGGCUACCUGCCCUCAGCCCUGCCUGCCCGCCAGGGGCCUGCCACCCCAGGACUGGCCGUGUUCCCAGGCCUGCCCUCCCCCGUGGCCACCUCCACGUCCUCGCCCCCGGCGCUGCCCGUCCAGUCCCCUCUGGUGGCUCCAGCCCCAGCUUCCAGCUCGGGGCCCGGGAGUGCGGGCUCCUCAGCCCCGCUUCUGCACGGCCCGCACGCCGAGCCUGUGCCGCCCGGCCCCGCUGUGACCACCAUCCCGGUGACCAUCAAAACGGAGCCCACGAGUCCCACCCCCUCCGCCUUCAAAGGCCCGUCUCACUCCGUGACCCCCUCUCACGGCACUUUAGGUUUGUCGGGGGCGCUGGGCCACGCGUACCCAUCCGCGUCGGUGCCCAUCAGCCUACCUUCUUGCCUUAAUCCCGCCCUGUCCGGGCUGCCCGGCCUGAGCACGCCCGUGAGUGUCUCCAACCCCCUGGCCUCCGUCGCCCUCGCGGCCCACGGCCCUGCUGCUCCCCUCGCGCCCGUGUUCACCGCGCUCCCUCCCUUUACCUCGCUGACCAGCAGCUUCCCUUUGACAGGGAACCCGUCUCUCAGCCCCUCAGUGUCCCUCCCGGGGGCGCUGAUAGCGACCUCGUCUGCGGCCGUCACCUCCGUAGCGACCGCUCACCCCAGCUGCACGGCGGCUGCGCUCUCAGGGCUCCCCGGCGCAGCGCCCGUCUCGGCCGCGCCUUUCCCCCUGAACUUGUCCACUGCCGUCCCCUCGCUUUUCUCCGUCGCCCAAGGGCCUCUGCCGUCCGCAAACGCCCCCUACCCGGGCUUUUCCGUCUCCAACACGCCCGGCGUGGCCCCCGCCCUCCCCUCGCUGGCGGGGCUGCAGGCGCCCUCCACGGUCACCGCGGUCGCUCCGCUGCCCAUCACCGCCACCGCGCCAGCGCCCGUCCUGCCCGGCUUCGCCUCGGCGUUCAGUUCCAAUUUCAACUCGGCUCUUGUCGCGCAGGCCAGCUUGUCGUCUGGCCUCCAGGCCGCGGGCAGCUCCGUGUUUCCAGGCCUCCUGUCCCUGCCGGGCGUGCCCGGGUUCUCCCAGAGCGCGGCGCAGCCCUCCCUGCAGGACCUGCCGCGCGGCCCCGCGGCGCAGUCGGCGCUGCUGCAGCAGGUGCACUCGGCCCCGGCGCUCGAGAGCUACCCCGCCCAGCCGGACGGGUUUCCCGGUUACCCUUCCACGCCGGGCACCCCCUUCCCCCUGCAGCCAGGCCUGUCCCAGAGCGGGUGGCAGUGACCGUGAUGUGUGCUGGCCUUCCGAGCAGCGUCCAAACUGCCUGGGGGUCGCAGGGAACAAUCCGACAAGUGUGCAGUGGGCCAGAAGUCAGAAACCAAGAUGAGGAUGAUCCUGGGGGAACUGGGAUAAGUAAGAGUUUUAAAAUAUGAUUGCAUUUUUUAAAAAAUGGUUUUAAAUAUGAGCACUCCCUCUGUGUAAAUACGCCGCCAGUGAAUUUAAUGGAGAAAGCUAUCUGAACACUGUCCGGGGACGUUUCACCUCCCCCGGGAGCCUGCGAGUUGUGUGCGUGCGGCGUGUGUGGGAGGACCCCGACGAGGAGCCGGAGCUCUUCAGAGCCGAACACAGCCUUAACCCUGCUCGUCCCGCGUCUACGGACGGAAGAAACAGUUGUGCCUCAGACUCGCGGGUUGCGCGCGGCCCGGGCGGCCGCCGCCGCCGCCGCCCUCGGUGUGUGCGAGCGGUCCCUGCCGGCUCCCGUGGGCCCCGCGCGUCCCACGGGAGGGGCCCGGAGACCCGCAGUCCCUUCUCAUUCCCGACACCGACGAUCACGCGUGUGCUGCUGAGUUGAACUCUGCCCCCGAGUCAGUGAAAACGGUGCUCAUCCCGGUCCUCGGCCUAGACGCACGCGCAGACCCGCCUCCCGCAGACACACGCCCGGCUCGCUCGCACAGUUCGUUUGCCUUCAGAACCUACCUACUCUCAGCAAUACCGGAGGGGGCGCGCGCUCCGCCGGCGCCGCCCCGGCUGCCCCUCCUGCUGCCCCGGAAGCUCUUGGUGAAUGUUUACAGGCGGGGGCGCGCGUCCGCGCGUGCGUGCUCGCGUCCGGGGCGUCUCCGGAGUCGCCGCCUGGCCGUGGGUAGAGAGGGCGCCCCUGUCGGUGGUGAGUGUGCGGCGUGUGCUCGCUCCGUGGAAGGCCUGCGGCCGUGCGGCGCGCUCGAAUGUCACUGGAUCCAGGACGCCGGCCGCCGCGCUGGGCGGCGGGGUCGCGGGGUCGCGGGGAGACGGGUCUGCGACCCUGCGGGCGAGAGCGUGAACUCGAGAAUCUACUGUAGUGCAUUUCCGCCUCUAGAAGUUUUAAUUUUAUAAAGAUGGUGUUUGGAAGAUGUUGCUAAUGUAUUUUCCUUCGACACGGGGAGCAAACUUUUUAAGUAUAUUAAUAAAUAUUCCUGUAUGGUUAGUUUUUAACAAUUUUUUAAAAUAAACUUUAUGGAUAUGA